UUUGUCAUCCAUUUUUUCUGUUCUCCAAGGAGGAAGUGAGCCUUAUCUGGUUAAUUCAUAUCCAGAAUUCGUUUAAACCCACAAAGACCUUCUUGUUCAUCUCAUUCCAAAGACUCGAGCUUUGGUUUCAGGAAAAAAAACCCAUUGCUCAUUUGUCUGUACAAUGGCGAGUUGUUCAAGCUUCACUACCAUUUGCUCUCUUAAUUCUCCAGAUAAACCAGGAAUUAUUGGGAAUUCAGUUCCUGGGAGGGUUAUUCAAGUCAGCAAAGUUUUCCAAUCCUCAAAAGUUUCAAAGUCUCGGUCUUUGGAGGUCAAGGCGACAGAUGGUAACAAAACUGUCAAACCAAGGAGCAUAGUCUGUACCAACUGCGAGGGCAAUGGGGCUGUAGCAUGUUCCCAGUGCAAAGGAUCGGGAAUCAAUUCCGAGGACCACUUCAAUGGGAGGUUUAAAGCCGGUGGAAUGUGCUGGUUAUGCAGAGGUAAAAGGGAGAUGUUGUGUGGGAACUGCAAUGGAGCUGGCUUUGUUGGGGGGCUCAUGAGCACUGCCGAUGAUUGAAAAGAUGAAACGCCAUCUAUGUUGGACAAGUGCGGAAAUGUGGAAAGAGUACAAAUGUCAAUUCUCUAUUACAAGUCAGUCACAGAGAUUAAACUGCUGUCGUGAUAUGAUAUCAAGGACGCAGAUUGUAAUGCAAAGCAUUGUUCAUGUUUUUGGUUACAUUCCUUAUCCAGGUUUUAGAGUGUUUGUACUCCAGCUUGUGGAGAUGCGUAGUGUCUGACUUUCUGUAAGGUUUUGAUUCCAGGGAGAAAUACUGCAAAAAAUGAAUUUCAUCCAUUUGUUCUUUUUUGAAUCAAGAACAAUAAAAUUUACAUUUCGCGCCAGGUAGGGGUCGAACCUACGACCUUCUGCUUAGGAAACAGACGCUCUAUCCACUGAGCUACAGGCGCCUUUGUUGUUAGUUAAUGCAAUAAAUUUUAAAAUACUUU